CGAAUCUGUCUACUCUAUCAACAGACAAUGGGCAAGGAGCGGUUUUACUUAACAAUGCGAAUCUGUCUUCUCUAUCAACAGACAAUGGGCAAGGAGCGGUUUUACUUAACAAUGAUGGUCAUUCUUUCCUGUCAAUUGACAACGGACAAGCAUUAGUCUCACAUAGAAAUGUUGAAGAUGAGUUAAAUUUGGAUCAGUUGAAUAUUGAGAACUCCAAGUCAAAUGAAGACCAACUUAUAUUUGCAACUGGAUAUGCAAAGAUCUAUGUUCGCUCAGAUAAAAAUGCACACAAAAAAAUAGCUUUAAAAUGUAUUGAUAUUGGAAACAUUGUUAAUAAUGUUAAAGCAAAAGAAGCAGCGGAAAAAUUUAAUCAUGAAAUUUCACUUUUUAAAAGAUUAAAUCAUGAACGAAUUGUGAAAUACUAUGGCGCUUCUUUUACUAGCACAACAAUCUCUAUUAAAAUGGAAUUCAUGGAAGGAGGAUCUCUUCAUGAUAAAAUAUCAAACAAUGGACCUCUAGAUGAGAGCACAGCGUCUAAAAUUUCUAAUCAAAUUCUUGAUGGUUUAGUUUACUUACACAGUAAAAAUAUAAUACACCGGGAUAUUAAAAGUGCCAAUAUAUUGUUAGAUUUAGACGGAAAUUGCAAGCUUGCUGAUUUUGGUGUAUCAAAGCAGAUACAGACAAUACGUAGUUAUGCAGGUUGUAAAUCAACUGCUGGAACAUCUUAUUAUAUGAGUCCGGAAACUAUUACUGCUAGUGUUAAUAACUCAGAAUACGGAAAAAAGGCUGAUAUAUGGUCAUUUGGUUGUACUGUACUGGAAAUGCUAACAACGAAGCUGCCUUGGUCUCAUUUAGAGGAAACAACUGCUAUGUUCUAUAUUGCUUAUAAAUUAACGAAACCCGAUCUACCUGAAAACUUGUCAAGCUCUUGCGUUAAGUUUGUAUAUGAUUGUUUUAUAAGAGAACCGGCAUCACGACCAAAUGCAUUGCAAUUGAAGUCUUAUGAUUGGAUAAAACGAUAAAUUGAACAACGUUCAAAUUCAUGAAAUUUGGGACAUCAAAACUUAUUAUUUUUUAAAUAACAUUUGCAAAUUAAUAAUAACAUUUUGCGAUAACAUUUAUUUUAUAAUGAUUUUAAAAUGGAUUGUACUCAAUAAUUUUUUAUUAAGUUGUAAUUAUAUUAGUAAUGUGUUAACAUAAUUUAUUAAUUAUUUUCGAAAAUUGGUGUAGCUUGUUAGCUACACAAAUUUUUUUUAAACAUUCUCAAAAAGCUGUAACCUAGUUAUGACAUUUUGUGGAAAAUUAUAUUUUUUUUUAGAUAAUUAUUUUUAAAUUUUAAUAGCCAUACAAUUUUUUUAAUUCUUUUCUUUUAUCUCAUUUUCAAAUAAUCUUAGUUUGAAAUUGUAAGAUCUGUCUUACUCUACAAA